UUUUUUUUCCCUUCUUUCACUACACUAGAUAGAGUCAAAGAAAGGAAAGGAAAGCGACUAAACAGAUCCUGAAUAUCUCGUCACAAAAUCUGUUUUGUAAUCUGAAGUGAACAACACAAACCCAAAACAAAGAAAGAUGCUUCCACUAAAGCUGGUUCGUUCUCUAAUCUUAGGUGAAACCAUUAACCAAAACCCUCACUUUCUAAAUCAUGUUAAUGAUGAUGAUGAUGAUAAACAAGAACAACCCAAAGAAACAAGAUUCAAGAAAAGACCUGGUCUUUUAUUCCUCCCAACCCAAGAAAUCAUAACAAACACAUAUAAACUUGCAACCAUUGCAAGAGACUUAGGAAUGAAUCUUCACCCAACACCAUCACUUUCUCACAUCAUCUUCUCCAAUCCAUCUUCAACACCUUCAACAUCUUCUUCUUCUCCUUCAACACCAUCCACUUCUUCUUUCUCUGUCUCUUCAGCUUCUUCUUCUCUCUUAAACCACGCCGUUCCCAUUCCUUUUCCUUCUUUUUCCACAACGCCAUUGACACAUCUUCGUUUCUUUGUUACCCUCUUCCCACGCGCCUUCAAGCUUGUUCUUUUCACCUCCGAUGGAGAUUCUGACGCUGUUGGCGUCAGUAACUGGGAUUGUUGUUCUGUUUCGCUAUGUUCUCGGGUUACUGGAAUUCGGGUUGAUACGAUGGAGGGGUUUUGCAGGAUUCUUGCUGGGAAAGGUUGGACCUUUUUUAAAACGAAGGAAAACCCUUCUGUGGAUCACUGUGGUGGAGGUGUUGUAUACCUUUUCAGGAAGGUUGAUGUGAACCGGGUUCGAGUGGGUCGGGUUGGAGCACCUGAUGGGGCUUGUAGAGUGAGGGAACUGAGGUUGCCUCAUUUGGAUUUUGAAAAUGCUCCUUUGAAGAUUUUGCAGUAUAUUUUGUUGAUGACUGAUGAUGUAUUCUGUUUAGCAUGAAACUGAGGUAGAGUCGUGUAUUAAUGGAGAGGACAAAGUGAUUCAGUAUCUUAACCUCGUCAUCUCUUGUGUUGUAUUGGAUUGGAUUCAUAAGAUGAUGAAGGAAGGGUCUUCCAUGGAGAAGGGGGAAACACUGAAAUCCAUUGAUUGUUAAAGAUUUUCCAUUCUAUUGAAUGCACAUGAUUUGCUAUGGAGGUUGGUGCAAUUCCCAUGAUGACAGUAGCAAAGUUGCAUUUAGUUUGUGAUAUUCAAAUCACAUUUGACUGCUGGAGCUACAAUUGAUUCAUGUCACUGUUGAAUUUGAAAGAAGUUAUUGUUAUCAACAAAUCAAGACUGUUCUGUGUCCUGUAGUUGAUGAUGCGGUGCGGGUGCCACUUGAUGUGUUCUUUGAUAUUGUACAGUAGUUGAUUGAAGGCUUAAGAACUGCAAAGAGAUUUUUUAGUUUACUGCACUGCUCUAUGUUCAUAAUCUCACAUAUCCAUGGAUGUUCCUUUAACCGGAAAAGAUGUUGCAUAUCUCAAUACUGUGGAAUGACUGAAUAAUAUACAGUACUGAGUUUUCUGCUGAGUUGAGAUGAAAUACACCCAUUUUGUAUAUUCAUAUGUAGCAGGAGGAGUUAUCCCCAAA